UUUGUUCUUUUAAAUACCCUUCUAGGUGCUACGAUCAUUUCAGCUCUUACUCUCCACUCUCCACUCUACACUAUCUAAUUUCUGAAUUACGGUAUGGCUGAGGGGGCAGCGAAAGCAGUGACGCCAAACGCCGAGUUGCUGGAAUGGCCGAAGAAAGACAAGCGUCGUUUGCUUCAUGCCGUGUAUCGUGUUGGUGAUCUUGAUCGCACUAUUGAGUUUUAUACAGAAGGAUUUGGAAUGAAGUUAUUGAGGCACAGGGAUAUACCAGAAGAGAAAUACUCCAAUGCAUUUCUUGGGUUUGGACCUGAAGAGUCUAAUUUUGUUGUUGAAUUAACUUACAAUUAUGGGGUGACUUCAUAUGAUAUUGGAGAAGGUUUUGGUCAUUUUGCAAUUGCAACUGAGGAUGUUUAUAAGCUAGUAGAAAAGCUCCGUGCCCUUGGUGGUAACAUUACUAGGGAACCUGGUCCGGUCAAAGGUGGAACAUCUGUAAUUGCUUUCGUGAAGGAUCCUGAUGGCUAUGCUUUUGAGCUCAUCCAGAGAGGUCCAACUCCUGAGCCCCUCUGCCAAUUAAUGCUCCGUGUUGGAGAUCUUGAUCGCUCUAUCAAGUUCUAUGAAAAGGCCUUGGGGAUGAAGCUAUUGAGGAAGAUUGAUAGACCUGAGUACAAGUACACAUUGGCCAUGGUGGGGUAUGCUGAUGAAUAUGAGACAACUGUUCUGGAAUUUACUUACAACUAUGGUGUGACUGAAUACACCAAGGGAAAUGCAUAUGCACAGGUUGCAAUUAGUACUGAUGAUGUGUACAAAAGUGCUGAGGUUGUCAACCUUGUUACGCAAGAGCUUGGUGGUAAGAUAACACGUCAACCAGGACCAAUUCCUGGAAUCAACACCAAAAUCACCUCUUUUCUAGAUCCAGAUGGCUGGAAAUCUGUUCUGGUUGACAAUGAGGACUUCCUCAAAGAACUCCACAAGGAAGAGUAACUGCAUAAAUAGAGGAUACUGGAUCGUACUUGUAGGUUCUGGUUGACAAUGAGGACCUCCUCAAAGAACUCCACAAGGAAGAGUAACUGCAUAAAUAGAGGAUACUGGAUCCUUUACUAUCUAAGCUUCGCUAUCUGCGUAUGCAUAAUGAUGCCAGUAUUUGUAUAUAUCCAUGACAGCAGCCAAUAGCUAUCCCAGUACGUGUCGACGGCCGCUGUUCCCUGUGGCUUCCAACUAAAAUAAAAUGUUUGUGGUGGUUUUUCGAGACUUUGUUUGGUUAUUAUCAGUUUCUCCUGCCUUCUCUGCUUUCUUUUUACCCUUGUGUGCUAUAUCAGGACAGAAGCUUUGUAGAACACUUAAUCCAUCAAUAAAAAGGACUGUUCCUAGAGCAAA